AUGAUGAUGAUGAUGGUGGUGGUGGUUAUUCUUAUGCUGCUUUAUAUCCUGUUGUUGUUGCUGCUGCUGCUGAUUUCUGCUGCUCUCUCCUGCGUGACCUUUUCAUGUUGCAUGAUGACUUGUUGUCAUCUUUCUCUCCCUAAAAAUCAUUAUAUUUAUCCAAGUCAAUACUAUCCCCGACACGUUUCAUCCUUCUUACUCACUUUUAUAAUAAAGAAUCCGUUUUCCUCUUCAUGUUCAUGGGCGUUUCGGCGAAGACGGAGAGAAAGCAAAAUAAAAGAAAGUUGUAAAAUAACGGAACCCCCAUGCAAGGGGCUUGUAAAAAAAGGGGGAAAAGUGACAGUUGACAUAAAUGUCACUUUUCUAUUUUCAAUCUGUCUUUCUCUUUCCAAGAGUUUCAAUCUCUAUUUUCCGUUCUGA